ACCAUUGAUGCCAUGCUAAAUGGCCUCAAUCAGCCGGAAGAAUGGCAAGCGACGCCGGCAAGACUGGGCUGCUUGGGUAGGCAGUUGGAGCUUCAGCAGCUUCAGCAGCUUCAGCAGCUUGGCCAGCUUCCUGAGCUUUGCCAUCUCUCUAUCCCUGAUCUUCACCUGGCGUCCCAUCCAGCGCCUGGAGGUGCACUUGGAUCUCCUUGGCGGCACGGUCAAGGAUAUGCUUGCGGAGUUGGAAGAGGUCCAUCGAGAAUUGGCUUCGUUACGAGCCGGAGUGGAGAGAGCGCAGACAGUGGAGAGAGAGGAGAGAGAGAGGAAAGAAAAUCUGACGAUUGUGGAAGAGGCAGACGAGGAAGAGGAGCCAAGCAACUUCCCCACAUCGACAGCUCUCAGCAUUCCACCUCCGCCCAUCACUCGCAAAGUGCGUCCUUCCCUGUUGGGGAGAGGUGUUGCAUCUUCCUGCUUCGACGUUGCCACCACUGGCCUGAGUGUAGAAUGCCAUGGGAUGAGUGGUGCCAACUGCGAUCGCGGGCCCUCUGCCGAUGCAAUCAAAGCGAUGUGCCCGAAGUCCUGCAACGCUUCUUGCGAUGGGCCCUGCAGAGAUUUAGAUUUUACCACUUUCCAGGAGCCGGACGGGACAAUGUCACCCUGCAGCCAACUGCAGCAACACUGCAAGGAUUGGGAAUCUGGAGAGCGCGUGCGACGCAUUUGCCCAGUGACCUGUGGCGUUUGUCCAGGCGCACCUUUGUCAAUACCAUCCGCAUCCGAACAGGCCUACUUCAAGCUCUUAAGAAACCGCACUCGUGCUAUCGAACGGGAGCUGAGGCUCCAGCCUCAAAGUGAGCUCCGCGUAGGUAUCGAUUCCAGGACAGAUUGGAAGAUCCCCAAGAUUUUGCAUCAGACCUGGAAAACCGAUGAAAUUCCUGUGAAAUAUCGUGAUGAAAUCAGCUCUUGGCGGCGGCUGCACCCGCACUGGCGCUUUGAAUUCUGGGAUGAUGACCGAAGUGCGGAUUUGCUGUGGGAUGUGUUCCCGCAGCACGCACUUGCAUUUGAAGAGAUGUCCGGCAUAAAACGUGCCGAUGUAGCUCGAAUUGUAGCGCUGUACGCAUAUGGCGGUAUCUACGCAGACAUCGAUGUGGAGGCGGCCAGAUGCUUUGACCCUCUGCUACAAGCUGCGCAGAAUGCUCGCAUGGGCGUUCUACUUGGUGAGGAGAACAUUGUGCAUACAGUGCUCCUGGAGAAGAGGCUCUCAGGCCGGCUGGUGAGCAACGCUGUCAUGGCGAGUGCACCGCAGCAUCCCUUCUGGCUAGAGGUCUUGCAAGAGAUCUUCCAGCGAAGCUGUGGCAGUGAUCCCGUACAGUGUACCGGGCCGCGGCUCAUAGAUCGCAUGAGUUUGUCGCACAGCAGCUGCAGACGGCACGGCUGUGUGGCACGGCUGCCCUUUGAUUACUUCUCUCCGCACUUGGCUCGUUGGAAUGUAGCAUCCAUGACCUCCAGCUGUCGUGAUCUCUUUAUUGGCGGCCAACUCUUGCAAAAUCAUCGCCAGGCUCUACGUUUCGCUUGCGCUUCGCUGGAAGCUUCGCUCCGAAACGAUGCCGCCCUCCGCAGCAGCUCCACCUUUGCAGUGCAUCGCUGGCAGUGCAGCUGGUGCAGAGAGGAUGUCAGUAUGCGAGCUACUAUGCCGUUGCGAGAAAUCAUCUUUGAGGUUGGCAACGAAAGCCUUUUUGGGAGCCAACAAACUGCUACGUCUGCAUCAGGAUGGCAGUGAAGAUUGUCGUGUGGGAAAUGAUAUGUUCGAGGCUACAGGGCUUACACAAGUGAAUCGGCCUUUGUAGCCCAAGACCACCACCAUAAAAAUGUUUAAAAACAUGUUGACGUCAAAGUCUCCAUGGCGUGGAAUUCUCCACAGUCGACUCAUACCGCAAGUUCGUUUGAACUUGUGCGCUGCGCAAAGCCGCAGCUUAUGAUACAAUUCCUAUCCUCACCUUCAGCCUUUUCCUGCCCAGAGUUCUCCACAGCAUGGAAUCUGACCAUAUCUGAUCUGACCCACAUUGUCAUGCUGUACGAAAACAAGUACAA